UUUUUAAUAUCGCUUCUGGAUUUUUUUUUUGUUUCGUUGGUAUUCCGCGAUGUUCCUGUAUCUUCAACUUGACGCUUUCUUCAGCUUAAUCUUUCCUAUUAUGUUGUAUUGAUAUGAAUUUUUUACGAUGAUUUUUUUUCAUUUCAGGUCAAAAGAGGGAAUGACAGUGAAAUAAUUCCAAUUCUGUUAGUUGAAUCUAAUUUUCUAUAAAUGUGUCUCAGUGCAGCGUAUCAUACAAUGUUGCUCGUUUUUCCAACAAACCAAGAUGAACAUAGUAAGCAGUUUCGUACAGUGAAGUCGAGCGCAACGAGUGUGAAGACGUUUUAACUAUAACAGCCUUGUGAUCAUAAUUAUCAUCACGGCCAUCAAACCAACCUGUGACAUGUUACCUAGUCUCGCGCGAUUAUUAAAUUUGGCUCAACUUAAAGUCGAUUUACAUAUCGACAACCAUAUGAACUGUUCCUGUUACCCCACUUCUACAAAGUCUCUUCUGUAUUUUAUCCCACCUCGACCUCUUGUCUGGUCCGAAAUUAUCUUCGAUCUCUUGUGACCGACUUGCUUGCUUUCGGCUUGACACUCUUCUUUAAUCAGCAUUUUUCACGACCAAAUUCAUCUAUCUUAAUUUGUUUUCUCUUCAGAUUUUCAAUCUAAGCUAUCUUAAGCCAAAAUGAUCUUCCAAUGCUACAGAAAAUUUUCGGAAAAUAGAAGCAGAAAUUAUUAACGCUGUAACACCAGGACUGUUACAUAAAUUCUUCGAAGUUUCGUCUCUUCCAAGGCCGGAUGCGCAUCAUGGGUUUUCUAUCGACCCGAUUAUCGUUCCUAUCGCACGCGUGGAGUGAGCCAGGCCUACAUACCGCCAAACACGCAGCUCACGUGUCCAUAUUCCUCACCAUCAUCAUCAUCUUCACGGUCAGCUCUACUGUCCUCAAUGGCGAUACUAGCUCCCUAAAAACAGGGGCCCUGAUCAGACCCAACGCGGAUCCCCAGCCUCUCGCUGAUAAAGACCCGGACCCAAAAUUGGACGCCGCAAAGGAUCCUCAAGAAAAAGAAGGCAACCCUCCUCCCCCUCCCCCUCCUGCCAGCAGCGUCAAUGAUGGCAUACCGCGGCCUCUGUUGCUUCUGCUGCAGCUUCUCAGAUUCUUGCCCAUUCUUGCUUUACCUCAGUCAAUAUUCAAUUUCCUGGGGCUGACUUGCUUCAACGCGUUCCCGGGGCGGGCCAAAUUGAAAGGGUCUCCCCUCUUAGCCCCUUUCAUCUGUCUGCGGGUUGUGACCCGAGGCGACUACCCGGACCUCGUCAAGAAUAACCUGGCCCGUAACCUGGAUACCUGCCAACGAGUUAGCAUGGAGAACUACCUCUUCGAGAUCGUAACUGAUAAGAAGAUUGAUCUCCCUGAGAACAAGAGGGUUAGACAGUUGGUGGUGCCAUCAAGUUACCGCACCAAGAGCGGUGCGUUGUUCAAAGCCCGGGCGCUGCAGUACUGCCUCGAGGAGGACGUCAACGUGCUCUCUGACGCCGACUGGAUCGUGCAUCUCGACGAGGAGACCAUCGUUACAGAGGCCGCCAUGAGAGGCAUCCUUAACUUCGUCCUCGACGGCAAGCAUCAGUUCGGGCAGGGUCUCAUUACCUACGCCAAUGAAUCAAUCCAAAACUGGUUCACGACUUUAGCAGACAGCUUCAGGGUGGCUGACGAUAUGGGCAAACUGCGCUUCCAGCUCAAAAUGUUUCAUAAGCCUCUUUUUGGCUGGAAAGGCUCCUAUGUCGUAACGCAGGUGGAGGCAGAAAGGCGUGUCACCUUCGAUCACGGCCCAGAUGGUAGCGUGGCAGAAGACAAUUAUUUUGCCAUGAUUGCGCAGAGAGACGGCUACUCUUUUGAUUUUAUUGAGGGCGAGAUGUGGGAGAAAAGUCCUUUUACUAUUUACGACUUCCUGCAGCAGAGGAAACGAUGGCUUCAAGGCCUCCUACUUGUUGUCCACAGUAGACACAUUCCGAUCCGAACGAAGUGGCUGAUGUCGCUCUCUCUUUACUCAUGGGUGACGAUGCCGGUCGCUAUCGCAUCGGUGUCCCUGACGGCCGUGUACCCCGUGGCCGUACCUGUAGUUAUUAAUUACGUGGCAGCUUUUGUGGGGGGCGUUAACAUCUACAUGUACAUCUUCGGCGUCAUCAAAUCGUUCAGAGUUGACCGUCUCGGAUGGCUGCGUAUGCUAGCCUGCAUUGCUGGGGCCCUGGUCACUAUGCCCUUCAAUAUGCUAGUGGAAAACUUCGCAGUUCUGCGUGGACUUUACGGUGAUAAGCAUAAGUUCUACGUCGUCAAAAAGCUGCCGGUGCAUGACGCUGCGAUCGUUAACAUUGUUUAAGAAACAUAUUACUGAUAAGCUAGUCAACGAUUCGGGCUUGAAAAGCCUCGAGAAUAAGGUUGUGUCAUGAGAAGAGUUCCUUUUCGCUAACGUCCACUUCGAAAGUAAACCAAAGGUUCAUGCUAGGCGUAGUAAUCGUUACUUAGAAUUUCCAGGUGCUUUUUCUUGAAAGUUGGGCAUUUCGAAGGGCCUAGUUUAUGCAGCUCUGUUGCGUAAGUCUUUAGCUAUACAUACGGUCACUUGUGUGUAGUACAUAUUGCUUUGUGAUGCUCGGAUAAUUAAAAUAUGAUAAUCGUCAUUACAAUGGCCACCACGGAUGUCAAACUGCUGAAUCAUGACCGAUUACUUACUUGGUCAUUGAUUAUUUAAUUACCUGAAUCGGAAACACUUUGGUGCUCGUCGAUGAGCUGGCCAACGUACGUUAUUUAUUUAAGAAUAAAUCAUAGACAAAAGACUGAAAAGUUCUGAUUAUGAUAUCUUGCUUCUAUUUUUUUAAUUAUUAUAAUCAUGCCUUGGAACGGAAUGCGCGAUGCAUUUAGUCAACAAUUCAGAACUAGCAUGAUGUAAAUCAUAAUGACCAACCGUAAUUAUAUCCCCGCUGUAGAUUAAAUUGUAACGUAUUAAUUCUGAAACGUCGAGUUUCUACUGCAAAAGACGGAAGUUUUCAGAUUGCCAGUAAAACUUUAAGCAAUAACUCGACCAGUCCGUUAUUAUUUUUAUUUUCAAUUACAGCCUUAGUGUUUUUCAAAUACUCAACGUGAAUUCAAUUUGGCCAGGUUUCCGUAACCUUGAUAUCUGUCAUUAAAUAUUAGAGAUGGUAUUUGCUAUUGAAUCGUACAUUGGUUUAAUUUAUUAAGGAUCAUAAAGAAAUGAUCGUAAAGAUUGUACAUUAAUAACAGAGAAGAAAUUAUAUCUCAUUUGUCUGAAUAUUUGGUUCGUUUCAACGAAAUGAAGAUUGUGGUUUCAACGACGUCGUCAACUGUUAUCUGACUCGUGCGUCUGACCCCUGAUGAGGCCAAUACCUGUAUUAUUCAUGAUAUUCUGUUGCUCAGACUGCCUACUAAAUGUCGAUCAACUAUCGAUUCUUAAAAAAUGCAUCUUGAUUCAGGCUCUUUUUCCUGAGCCUGCGUUCGAGCGUCCUACACUGACGCUUGCCUGUCACUGCCGUUAAGAUUCCUGUAGUAUUUGUUUCUGUAGGACUUAUUCCUGUAGGACUUGUGUUGUACGUUUAGAUUGUUGUGCAAAACCCUUAGGUGUCGUCCCGUUAGAACUUAUCCUUUUAAUUAACAAAAAUGAACAAACACGUAAAAUUUUUGCUUUAGACUUUAUUUAAUUUUUUAAUUGGUGAAUUAGUGAGUCGCGUAUUUAUAAAGAUAUCAUCUCCUAAAUUACAUGGAAUUUACGAAAGUUUUCGAGUUUUGUCACGGCUGUUUUUGGUUGAUAUUAUUUUAUUGGAAUGAUGGAGCGUGUUUCGCUCUAUUUCAGUUGCUUCUAAUUUUGUGUUCUUGUUGGAUUUUUGUAGCGUUGUCGUGUACAUUACUCAUCGGUUAGUACCUAUGUAAUGUAAGUAGCGUAUGUGUGCAAGUAGCAGUUAUUUAGUAAGAAACCUUGUGUGCUAUAUAUAUAAUCUUGGAUUUUUGUGAUGUCGUCGGCAUGUUUUUUGUAUAAAGAAGGAUAAGUGUCACUAUAUGCAAUCUCAACAGAUUUUUUUAUGAAUGAAGCUUCUCGUAGAGGGAGCCGUUUAAGCGAAAGAAGUGAAACUUGUCCUGCUUUGAUACUCGAGUAUAAACUUUGAUAUUAAUAUUAUUGGCGCGAGCCAAUUUAACAAAUUAUUACUGUAGAAAGUUCCUUAAACCAAAAAUUGCCAUUAUAAAUGCCAUUACCAAUAUUCGUAGAAUUUUUUUAAGGUUGCGUUUUACACACUUUCUGCAUUGCUUGUCCACGAAUUCUGUUCUCAUCAUGACUGUCCUAUCUGAUACUUGUGUGUUAGUGACUUCUUUACUUUAAUCUAUUAAGAGAACGUGUCUGAUGAAAAGAAUACGCAUAAUUUAUUCCAGAUGGUAAUAGAAAGUAUCUAUAUUUAAUAAACAGCAACUUACCACCCCAGAUAAUACCAAAAAGGUUCUAACAGAUCCACUGUUAUUUGCAAAGUUUAGUGUCACGACUCUUCCUAACUUGCAAGUUCUAAUGAACGUGUAAUUUUGUUUAUGCGCUUAUCAAGUUUUUGCUGUGCACAGUUCACCAUUAGCGUUAGGUUCCAAGCAUAAUUAUUUUUAAGAGAAUAUACAAUUUAAUUGCCUUUCACUUAGGCUGCUUAGAGUUCAGAACACAGCGUGAGCUUCAAUACUAGUCAGUCUUCCUCAUAUUGAGGGCAACCCGCUGUGACAUUAUUAUCGUUGCAGCCUCUGCAAGGUGGUAAACAAGGGCUUUAUACUUAGUUCUCUUGUCGACCUUGUGCGAUCACAUUUAAUAUUUGCGUUUACUUUGCCGAUAUUUUUUCGAUACUUGGAGGAAUAUAUGUAAGUAUAUUCGUUUAGGACGUACAAAAAUAUAUUCGUGGGAACUUUAAUUGGUCCAGAGAUGAAUAAGUAAAAACAAGAGACAAAAAAUUGUCGUGGGGCUAGAUUUUCAGUUUUAAUCAACUUCAAUUCGUUCUGCUUUGGUCGCGAGCUUACCCAUACAUCGUGGUAUUAUUUGAGGAUUUUCAGUAUAAUGCGCAUCAUUGCAUGUUAUUGUUCACUUAAGUCCUUCUUGGGCUCUUAGAUCUUCUUCUCGCCAUGCUCUUGUUUCUUAUUAUGCUCGCCAUAUUGCCGUCGAUAGAGCAGCUACGUAUUCAAUAACAUUCAUGUUGUGUCUCCUAAAUAAUGAUUUGAAAAUAAGGAUUUCUAUUAUCCAGCUUGAAUGUUUUGAACUAUGCUUUUCACAUUGUUUUAUCAGACAUUUAAAUGGAGUGGAAUUCAGUUUUUUUUGCUAAAGAUGAAAUAAUUUCGUACCAUUGAUUAUCAUUCUGAACAAGAAGUUACCCAAUUUUUAUUACAGAUUAACAAUUUGAAAUUAUAAGGAAAAUUGAAUUAUAAUCGAAACGAAGUGUGUUGCAUAAUUAUAAUUUGAGGAUACAUAAUUUCUCAACGGUUGGUAUAUUAACGUCGAUGUUCGCACAUUCACUUAAUUAUACUGCGCAGCGCGCAGGGAAGUAACUACUGCGUCGGCACGAUAUGCUCAGUGUAUAAAUAAAAGCUAUGUGACUAA